AUGGCGAUGCGACGUCUGAUCCAUGCGUUGGCCGUCGACGCCGAGCCGGGGCUGACGUCCACGCAGUUGAUGUUGACCAACCAUGACCUGAAACCCGUUGAGCCGGCCCGGCGCCAAUGGGGGUCGUGGAACUUUGUGGCCUUCUGGAUCAGCGAUGCCUUCAACAUCAACACGUGGAUGAUCUCCGGAACCAUGGUCACGGCCGGCCUGUCGUGGUGGCAGUCGUGGAUCUGCGUGUGGGUGGGCUACUUUAUUGCCGCCAACUUUGUGUGCCUGACGGGCCGCAUCGGCGCCGUCUACCACAUCGGCUUCCCCGUCGUCAACCGCGCGUCCUUUGGCAUCUGGGGCAGUCUGUGGCCCGUGUUCAACCGCGCCGCCAUGGCCUGCAUCUGGUACGGCGUGCAGUCGUACAUUGGCGGCAACUGCGUCUACCUCAUGAUCCGCGCCAUCUGGACGAGCUGGGACCGCACGACCAUCCACAACACCUUCGCGCCCGACUCGGGCACCACCACCGCCGACUACGCCUCCUUCUUCAUCUUCUGGCUGUGCUCGCUGCCCGCCCUCUGGUUCCCCGUCCACAAGAUCCGCCACCUCUUCACCGUCAAGGCCUACUUUGUGCCCUGCGCCGGCAUUGCCUUUUUCAUCUGGACGCUUCUGCGCGCCGGCGGUGCGGGCCCCGUCGUCAAGCAGCGCGCCACGCUGUCCGGCUCGGCGCUCGGGUGGGCCAUUGUCAAGGGCAUCAUGAGCAGCAUCGCCAACUUUGCCACCCUCAUCGUCAACGACCCCGACUUCACGCGCUUCGCCCGCAGGCCCCGCGACGCCCUGUUCCCGCAGCUCUGCACCAUCCCCGUCAGCUUCGGCAUCACCAGCUUCAUCGGCAUCUUUGUCAGCUCCGCGUCCCAGGUCAUCUACGGCGAGCCCAUCUGGAACCCCCUGGACAUGCUCGACAACUUCAUCACCGACGGCGGCUCGGCCCAGCGCUUCGGUGUCUUUGUCAUUGCCCUGGCCUUUGCCCUGGCCCAGCUCGGCACCAACAUUGCCGCCAACUCCGUGUCCGCCGGCACCGACCUGACGGCCCUCCUGCCGCGCUUCAUCAACAUCCGCGGCGGCGGCUACAUCUGCGCCAUCGUCGGCCUCGCCAUGUGCCCCUACACGCUGCUGACGAGCAGCAACCAGUUCACCACCUACCUGUCCGCCUACUCGGUCUUCUUGUCGUCCAUUGCCGGCGUCAUGGUCUCCGACUACUAUGCCGUGCGCCGCGGCUACCUGGAAGUCCGCGCGCUCUACGACGGCCGCGCCGAGAGCCCCUACUACUUCUUCAAGGGCUUCCACUGGCGCGCCUACGCCGCGUACAUUUCCGGCAUUCUGAUCAAUGUCGUCGGCUUCGCCGGCGCCAUCGGCCGCGACGUGCCGGUCGGCGCCACCUACAUCUACAACCUCAACUUCUUCUGCGGCUUCCUCGUGUCGUUUGGCAUGUACUGGCUGCUGUGUCGUCUGCGGCCGGUGCCCGCAUGCAGCGCCACGGGCAAGUGGAUGGAGGUCGGCGACGCCAUUGACGACGACCUGCAGCUGGCGUACGAGGAGCCGGCUGCCUACAAAUCGGGCGCACCCGAGGAUGCAGAGGCCGAAGAGAAGAAGGCCGGACACGGCGCAGAUGCGAUGGUGUAG